UUAAAUUUAAACUUAGUGUGUAACAGUGCACACUAUCUACAGCUUGUACUGAACUUUGAAUUUAUUUACGAAAUUUAUUUUCUUCUGUAAAGCUAUUGUGGUUAUUUGAAUUCUUUGCUGCUGUUUUAAUUUGUUAUUUCAUUUAUAUAAAAAAUGAGUUCAAAUGAACAAAGUCCUAAAAAGAUUCUCUUAUUGUGGGGACCACAUGUCAAGCAAGAGCAUCUGAUAGAAACUGUUGAUGAAUUGAAAAAAGCUGCGGGAGAUAAAGGCCUGGUGGCUGUUGAAAAUUUGGAACGUUUAGUUGUCUCUGAUCACGCAAGUUCAUCUUUUGAUACUGUUCAUUGUGGAACUCUUACACCAACUCUGACAUUUCAUCCAGCCGAGGUUUUUGCAGAAAUUGCUCGUGUACUGAAACCUGGAGGAACUGUUGUCAUUAGAGAAUCUGUAGCAAACAAAGAUCAUGUGCCAAAUCUUCGCACAGCAUCCAAGCUUGCAUCAGCUUUGAAAUUAUCUGGUUUUGUUAAUGUUGGAUCGCCUAAAGCUUUGCCAAUAAGAAAAUCAAAUGUUGAAGACUAUGAAAAGCAUUUUACAUAUGAUGAGAAGGAUGUAUCACUUAUAGAAAUUAGAGCUUCAAAGCCUAAUUUUGAAGUAGGAGCAUCAGUUCCUCUCGCAAAUAUCAGUAAACCAUCAUCUAAAACAGAUUCAAAUGCUGCAAAAAUUUGGAUGUUAUCUGCAGAUGAUACACUUGAUGAAAAUGUGGAGCUGAUAAAUGAGGAUGAUUUAUUGGAUGAAGAUGAUCUGAAGAAACCAGAUCCAAGUACUUUAAAAGUAUGUGCCACUACAAAGCAAAGAAAAGCUUGCAAAAAUUGUUCAUGUGGAUUAGCAGAAGAGCUUGAAAAAGAAGAAUCUGCCAAAAUUGAAAAGAACAGAUCUGCUCCUGCUUCAUCGUGUGGAAAUUGCUAUCUUGGAGAUGCAUUUCGUUGUGCAAGUUGCCCUUAUCUGGGUAUGCCUGCUUUCAAGCCUGGAGAAAAAAUUGUUUUAUCUGACAAUCAACUGAAAGCAGAUGCAUAGAUUGAUUAUUCUUUGGAAGUGUGUAAAAUCAAACUUAGUGGUAACCAGGAUCUUAAUUUUUAGUUUAUCUCUGUUUUUUGGUGUAUUUUAUUCAUUCACUUUAAAAGAAAAGCUAGUUUUAUCUACAGUGUUUGUUUCUGGUGUUUUUAAAUAAGAGAUGUGAUUUGUAAGCUUUUAACUUGCAUCUGCUUUUUGUAAAUAUUUCUGUCAAGAAUUUCGAUCACGCUAUGCAAACUAAAUGUAUGCUUAAUAAGAUUUUUGUGAUACUUUUACAUAUCAGUUUAAACAAUUUCCAGUCCAGCUUUUGAAAAAAAAUAGUUAGGUUAUGGGAAAGUUAAUAUUUUUGAUUAAUAAAAGGCUAAUGUAGCUUUUUUUUAAUGAGGAUCUCGUUCUUUUUUUUUUUUUUUUU